AAGUGAAACCAGUCAAACGUCAAAACUUGAAAACUGCACAAUUUAAUGUUUGGCAUUGAACAUUAAAGUAAUAUUGAUUUAAUUAUUUAUUUUUGUAAUACGUAAUACCUAGUUAUACAUUUGAUUUUAACUAAAAAUCUGAACAACAUGGACAACUUAAGGCUCUAUUUAGCUACCUACAAUGUAGGUACUAGUUCCCCAGAUCAAGAUUUAAGGGAGUUAUUAUCCAUAACUGACAGGAAAAGUGAGACACGUCCCGAUUUUUUUGCACUAUCCUUUCAAGAGGUGAAGGCACAACCACAGAAUAUGCUAAUGGAUACAUUAUUUGAUGAUCCAUGGACUUUUGCUAUUAAAGAACUCCUCCAGAGAGAUUACAUUAAACUAAAAUCUCUCCGAUUGCAAGGGCUUCUAUUAAUAGUAUUUUCCCUAAGGAAGCAUCUUUUGAAUAUAAGAGAAAUUGAUUCUGAGUAUACAAGAACUGGUUUAGGAGGAAUGUGGGGUAACAAAGGAGCGGUGUCGAUUAGACUAAGUAUUUAUGGGUGUUCACUUUGUUUUGUAAAUGCUCAUCUUAGUGCUCACGAUAACCACUUAGAUGAUCGAGUAGAAGAUUACAACAGUAUUAUUCAUGAUCAAGAAUUCCAUGUACCUGAAACUACAAAAAUAUUUUAUCAUGAUUACGUAUUUUGGAUGGGAGACCUUAAUUUCCGGCUUAAGGAGGAAUUCGACAAGACUCCCGAAGAAAUUGAAAGACUAGUGGUGAAAAAAGAAAUGAAAGCUUUGUUCGAACAUGACCAAUUGCGGUACGUGAUGAGAAAGGGUGAAGCAUUCAGCGAAUUGACAGAGCAGGAUCCAACGUUUCCUCCUACGUUUAAGUUUACUGUAGGAACUCCUUGCUAUGACUACAAGAGACGUCCAGCUUGGUGCGACAGAAUACUGUAUAAAGUUAACUCCAACAACUAUGAAAACGUAACACUGAAAGUAGAUCAGCUUUCGUACAAGUCGCAUCCAAACUAUGUCCUUAGUGAUCAUAAACCAGUUACUGCUGAAUUUUUUAUAAAGAUACCCAUGCCAUAUUUACCACCUCCAAGGGUUCAAAGAGAUUCAAAACCAUCUGUUGACCAGGUAUUUUCAGAUUAUGCUGAGUCUGUGAUUGAAUUUGACAAGGUUAUUAGUUGGGACGUAGAAGGAGAAAAUAAAGCAUACUACAAACUCACCAAGGACAUUAAGGAAAGUGACGAAGAUUGGAUUGGACUUUUUAAGGAGGAUUUCUGUGCCUUAGAUGACUACGUAACCUACGAAUACGUUAGCAAAUGCGCAACUCCAACUGACGAGAGCAGCAGUAGCAGUAGAUCCCAUGAAACCAAAAAAUACGAAGUGACAUUCCCGGAUCUACCGAACAAGUUUAAAGGCAACUAUUGCUUAGUAUACUUUAGCCAAACUGAAGAUAAAGUAACCAGUGUUCUGGGCGUUAGCAAUAUAUUCCCAAUCGUUAAAGCAGACAGCGAUUAAUUAAGCUUUAUACUUAAUGUAGAUUUGAGCUGCUAGAGAAAGUGAUAUUUAUAUAGAUUACUAGGUCGACUUUAUUGUAUCAACAUGAAUAACACUUGGACUUACGACAAGAAAAAAUAGUGUCGUUUUUCCAUUAGUUGUAGUCUAUAUGCUAUUUAUUUAUGCAAGUAAACAGAUUUAACAUCAAUAUUUUAAUUUUUAACAUUCUGGCAAUAUUUCCAGUAACUCAUUAUUUUUCACUAACAGGACAAAAUUAUGUAAAAAGAAUGUUACCAACUGUCUCAGAAUACUUGUUGCCAACGGUCUAUCAACCAGAGAUGACAGCAUUGACGAAAAUGUGAUAUGUUUGACCGUUCAAGUAAAAUUCAAUUUGCAUAUCCGGAUUAUUCUUGAUGUUCUGACAUCCUGCACAUAUAAACCUCAAUCAGAUUUAAAUGAUACUGCAUGUGGCAUUAAAGAAACUACUUUUUAAAACCAACUCAUAUUUUUGUCUUAAUAUUUGGACACAUUUUUAUCCAUUUAUAUCAAUUAACUUUUAUAUCGAAUAUUGAGAAUAUUAUUCACUUUUAUUCUUAUCAUUGCGGAUUCUGUGGUAUACGGUACAUAAUAGAUAAAACAAAAAAAAAAACGAUGUUUUAAUGUAUAUCUUAACUUUCGCUUUGAGUUACAUAUUUUUUUAUAGAAAACUCCAAAUCGGUCUACCACUUGAAUAUUUUUCAAUUUUCUAGCUUGUUUAGCAAAGGUCUAAUGUUUAGCAGAAGUUCAGAUUAAAUGGACACUGGUUAAAGUCACAUCGGUUUGGAGAUAUUCUUUCUUUAAGUAUACCGUGCCCAAAUUUUAGGCGUGGGUAGCUUCUAUGACAAUUUACCGAUAUCUCGAUGUUGCGCGGCAUAUUAUAUUCAUCUGCUGAUAAUCCAGUCCGUUGGCGAAGGUUUCGGAGCCAUAAAUAUUUCUUCCUACCAAUUCCUCUUUUUCCGUCGAUUUUUCCGUUGAGUAUUACCUGCAUAUGCAGUAUCCUGUAUCUGCUACCUCUCAUUAUUUGCCUCAGAUACAGUUGAGUCCGCGAAUCUUUACCCGUGCCUUAUCAUUUAAAGCAUACGAAGAUGAUAAGUCGGAAAUUAAAAUUUACUAAACGCAACAGCAAGUGACAGUAAGCGACUUGCUGUUGCAUUUAGUAAAUUUCAAUUUCCGACUUAUCAUCGACUUAUUUCGUAUGCUUUAAAUGAUGAAGCACGAGUAAAGAUUCGCGGACUCAACUGUAUUCAAGGUUUCUCUUUUUUAUCAUCUUUAUUAAGUCACGUUCGCCUUGACCUACUCUGUUUAAGACUUAUCUGUUUGAAAUGCGAUGAACCCAUGAUAUUCUGAGCAUUCUACGAUACGACCACAUCUCGAAGGCUUAUAAUUUGUUCAUUAUGUUAACCUUCAUGAUCCAAGUUUCACAUCCAUAUAGUAAUACAUGAUACACAUAACAUUUUAGGAACUCGAUUCUUAGUUGUAAGUUCAGCUGAGAAUUGGUCAGAAUAGAUCCAAGUUUCAUAGAUGUUUCUCUUUCAAUUUCUAUACGAGUUUUAAUUUCUUCAUCUGGAUUUAGUGUUUCGUUUAUUCCACAUCCUAGGUAUUUAAAAUGGUUAACUCUUGUUAUCGGUUCAUUACUGACAAUUAGUUGCAUCGACGUCUUGUUUCUUAACCACAAUUUGGUUUGGAGUGACUUGGAGGUAUUACCCAUGGUAUGGAGCAAAAUCAUCCAUACGUGAUUUGAUUACGAUAAUCACGAUAUCUCGUUGAUAAAUAACCAUAAAUAACUUUAAGGACUUUGGAAACACGUUAUGAAUAAAAGAUAUGUAGCUCUACGACAUUGUGCUGGCUGAGAAUACACGUACAAGUAUUCAUCAAUGAUAUUAAAAAUAAAGAUUAUUUUGUAACAAUUGCAAAAUAAUUAUUUUACAAAUAAAAAAAGUUGGCUAGGAAUCGGUUAAAUGUCGAAACAAAUUGGACAAACUUCUGUCAUAGUAUGAACGUCUUUUACCGAAUAGAGCAUAUUUAAACUUCCAUCCAGUGUACCAGUCUUUUUACACUUUGAUUGCAUAAUACUUGGUACAAGUCGAUUUUUUCAGGGACUACAUACUUCACGGCAUUAUUUGUCAUACUUAUCCGAUGAAGACCGUUAUUUUUUAAGGCCUCAUAAGAUUCUGGUGUGAGAUUGGUAUAAUAAAAAGUAAUUUUCGUUAUAAAUUAAGUAGUAAAAAGUACAAUCUCAGUAGUUCGAUAUUUUAUUGUUCAUAAUCUAAACCGAUAUAGCAGUAACUUAAAGGUCAUUAAAUUAUGUAAUGACUAAAUGGGUAUAUUCAAAUUGAUACAAUAAAUUUUGAUUCAAUUUAUAAUAUAACUUUUGUUUUGUACCGUAUUACAAGGGGUGGCAAUAGAAUAAUGAGACUAAGGGCGUAAAAGGUUUUAUUUAAAAUUGUUAUGCUCUUAUAAAAAUAUAAUACGUUGUUACUUUUUUAAACGAUGGAAACCGUUAGCGAUUUUCUGCUUGUCGGUUGUGGUUUUUUUCUCCCGUUGAUUUUAAUACAGAUGUAACUUCAGGCAAUAUAUACUGAUAACAUAGAGUCAACUAACACUUUUGUUUAAUUACAAAGUUUGGACUUUGAUUUGUUCGUUAGAUCCUCGAAGCUAGGAAUAAAUAAUAAAUUUAUAAAUCAAAACAAUUAAUUUUAUUCACGUCGCACAGUGGUUCCACAUGCUGAAAACGUGGUCAUUAGGUAAAAUAAAAA